UCUUGGGGAAUAUAAAGCUGGAAAUACCCGAAAAAGGAAUGGCUUGCAGAAAGGGGGAGUUAAGGGAGGAGGGGAAGAGUAGGAGUGCCGCAGCGGCGGCGGCCGCUCCGUUGGUUGCAGUGGGUGAUGCCUUGCUGUUCACGACGAUGUGCAUCAUUGGGAUGCCUGUGGACGUUCACGCUAAAGAUGGCUCCGUUUAUUCUGGAAUCUUCCACACCGCCUCUGUGGACAAGGACUAUGCCAUUGUGUUGAAGAAAGCGAAGAUGAUUAAGAAGGGGAAUCUAGAGGCAAAUGUAGUGAAUGGAACUCUGAUAGAGACACUUAUUGUUCAAUCCGACGAUCUUGUCCAAGUUGUUGCUAAGGGAGUCCUCCUUCCUUCUAAUGGAAUUACAGGGUAUGUAGGGGGGAACAGCAUCGAGGCUGCUGCAGGCUAUAUUGAAUGCCUGAACAAGGAUUCCGGAGUAGUAAAACCUAAUGAGUCCAGAGGGAACAAAAAGCACAAAAGUCAGACAAGGUUUGCAGCCAAAAGAGAGAACGGUUUUUCUCAUGCAGAUAAGCCAACAAAAGUUUUGGGCAGUUCUCGGGAAGAUCAUAAUGAGAGAUUGGAUGCAAUGAAGCUUGUAAAGAUAGAAGAAGCACAUACUCUUCCAGUUGAUGGAAGACAGGGUGGGGAUGGCUCACCAGAAAUGCAGAGUGAUACCCACAAUAACCCUGAGUUUCAAGACAAAGGAGCCACCAAUGAAGUUCAAGGCUCAAGACUAAGCAUCACUACUUAUGAAGCUCAAUCAGCUCCUGCUGUAAAUACUCUAGAGGAUACUAUGCAACAAGAACCAAAAGGAUUAUCUUCGGGUUCUAAUGCACUUGAGGACCAGGGUCAAGAUAGAUCAGAUGAGAUUGCAUGUACGGUUGCUACUGCAACAAAUAUUUCUAUUGCUUCGGUUCCCAUCAUUGAUGUUAAAUCAGAAUCAUGCCUCAGUGCAUCAUCAAACCCCUUUCUGUUGGUUCCUCCAAAAAAUUCAGGUGUUAAGAAAACUGCCAAGGAAUCUAAGCUCAAUCCUGGAGCUAAAAUAUUUUCACCGUCAGUGUCGCACCAUAUAAUGGUGACUUCUCCUGCAAUGGCAAAUGGAGCUAGUGUUCCUUACCUUCCAAGCACCUACACUAUGGCACCAAUGGCUACAGCACAAGAAGAAGUUGAUGCAAGUUCUUUUGCUCAUUCUCCCAUGCCUGUUAAGUUUGCUCCAUUCAAUAAUGUCGCUGUAGGAAAUGGUGGUAGUGAUGCUCCAUAUGUCCAACCUAUUAUUGGACAAGUGAUAAACAGGACCCCACAACCUUUUAGGUAUACUGGUCAAUACCAGAACUUCCAAGCCAGCCCGGCCUAUGGUCAUCCAAAUGUACAAAAUGUUAUGUUUGGACGGGGGCCUGUGGUUUGUAUGCAUCCCAUUUCUAGUGAUGUUGUACAGAGUGCAGCAGGGUUCUCCCCAGCAACUGCACGACCUCUGUUAACUCCACAUCAAGUGCAUCUUCCCAAGCACCAAGGGACAGCUUCGGCUCAGGCACUGCAGCUGUGCAUGGCUCCCCCAAUUCUAGCAAGUGGACCACAGCCGUUUGUAAUGCCAAGUUCCAUUCCCAUUCAACAGCCUCUCUUUCCUGUAUUGCGGCCUAUUGCAGUGCCAGCUGCAAAUGGUUUCCUGGGCACCAAGUUUGCUUGAAUUUCACUGCCAUAUCAGUGGCACCUUUUUCUGAUUUAUCAUUUUCUCAUGAAAAAUUUUGAUAUAUAGUUUACUGCUGUGCUUGUCCAUACAUGUCCAUUUUUUUUCUUGUCAUAUUUUCUCUUUUGGUUUUACAAUGUUCCUUGGAAAUGAGGCAUUUGAACAUUGUAAUCUCAUGAUUUUGAUAAAUUCAUUCAGUAUUCCUAUUA